AUGGUGAAUGUGGUCUGCCAGACCGAUGUCAUCAAAUACAUGCUCAUGCGCCCUAUUACUAGGGGAAGGAUUGGAAAGUGGACUCUCGCCCUGACCGAGUUCGCUCUCCAGUAUGUUUCCAAGAAAGCAGUCAAGGGACAGACGUUAGCAGAUUUUCUCACGGAUCACCCUCCUAUUGUGGCAAAAGGAGGUAUGGUGGAAGUACCCCUCGUCGGCCUGACACCUUGGAAGCUCUUCUUCGAUGGGUCCAAGAUGGAGCAGGCCACCGGGGCAGGAGUUGUGCUACGGUCACCAGAAGGAACGAAGACUCAAGUGGCCUUUCAACUCGAUUUCCCUUGUUCUAACAACCAGGCCGAGUACGAGGCCCUCAUACUUGGGAUGGGCCUACUUCUCGGCCUUAAGGCCGACACUGUGGAGAUCAUUGGAGACUCACAGUUGGUAAUUAAGCAGCUGGACGGAGAGUAUCAGUGUGAGAGCGAACAUUUGGUGGAAUAUUAUGCGCAGGCCAAGAAGCUAAUCGAGGGAUUCCAGGACAUGGCUGUUCGCCACAUCCCACGGUCGAGGAAUCAGGUUGCAAACGAUCUGUCUCAGGUAGCGUCCAGCAUCGGGCUACCAGAAGGCAGUUUGGAAAGGACCAUCGUCAUCAAGAGGCAGACACGGUCUUCUAUCCUAGAGGACAGUCAGUUGGAGGUCAAUCACGUCAAGGACACGCAGCCUGAUUGGCGAAUGCCAAUCACCCAGUAUUUGAGCAGCCCUAGACCAGAGUUUGAAAGAAGGAUCAGGAACAAAGCCACAGGAUACAUGCUGAUUGGAGGAGACCUCUAUAAAAAGGGGAAAGGUGGCUUAUUUCUCAAAUGCGUCAGCCUGAAUGAAGCAUCUUUGAUCAUGGCCGAAGUGCAUGAGGGCAUAUGUGGAGCGCACCAGACCGGUCCUAAGAUGAGAUGGUUGAUCCGGCGCCAUGGGUAUUAUUGGCCAACGGUGGCAGUGGAUUAUGUGAGACAUGCCAAGGGAUGUUGGGCAUGCUAG